AUGCAUGGAUUAACUUACAAAACUCCAGCGUUUACGAAUAUUCCUAUCAAAGUUGGCUUCUAUCUCGCGGCCUGUCCUGGCGAUACGCGAGACAUCGAUAUGACCCAAAGUACUGCACCAACGCUCUCACAGUACAGCAGCACUUUCACUGGACCUAGGCUACGUACUGUCUCCUACCACCUACCACCUGCUGCUGUUAGUCACCCGCCAUCAAACGCCAACGCCACCUUCGAUUUCUGCUCCUUAUCCUCAGACAUACUUCCUUCCCUUCAAUAUCUCCCUUCAACCGCCACGAUUCCCCCCACCACGAGGAAGCGAAAGGCUGCUGAGGCGACGAUUACCUCUGCCAACAGAGACGAAGCACCCAACAAGAGAGUCAUCGCCUCAGCUGCCCUCUCAGACAAACACGCGUUACCUCCAACUCCAAUAACCACUGUUAGCAACCCCAUGGAUUCUGACGAAGAAUACAUGUCGGCUCUCUCGACCGACGACGAGAUCAUGCAAGACGACAGCGGCGACGAGAUUUCAGCAGGAGAUGACUUUGACGACGAAGAGUUUGACGAGCCUGAUCCCGAUUUUGGCCUCGCUAAAGACGUCGAGAAGAAGAAGAGAGCUGCCCACGUGGUGUCAUACAAAGUUUACGAACCAAGCGAUAUCCAGAGCCAACAGGAUGACAUGAUUGCCGAAGUCAACAUGAUCCUAAACAUGCAGAAGGAGGAUGCUGCCAUUCUGCUCCGCCACUUCCGAUGGAACAAGGAACGUUUAUUAGAAGACUAUAUGGACAGACCAGAAAAGGUUAUGGAAGCUGCUGGAUUAAGCAGCACCACGUCCAGCUCACCAAAGCUGGAAGUCAUCCCUGGUUUCGCAUGUGACAUAUGCUGUGAGGAUGAUGAGGGCCUCGAGUCAUUUGCCAUGAAAUGUGGCCAUCGCUACUGCGUGGACUGCUAUCGCCACUACUUGACACAGAAGAUCCGCGAGGAAGGCGAGGCUGCUAGGAUUCAGUGUCCCUCUGACGGAUGUGGUCGCAUUCUCGACUCGGCAUCGCUCGAUGUUCUUGUUACUCCAGUGCUAGCGGGCCGAUACCAAGAGCUUCUCAACAGAACAUAUGUCGAAGACAAGGACAACUUUAAGUGGUGUCCUGCCCCAGACUGCCCCAAUGCCCUAGAAUGUGGCGUAAAGAAGAAGGAUUUGGGUAAAAUUGUUCCCACUGUCGAGUGUCGAUGCGGUUACAGAUUCUGUUUUGGCUGCCCGAACCCAGAUCACCAACCGGCCCCUUGUGACUUGGUCAAGAAAUGGCUGAAAAAGUGUGCCGACGACUCAGAAACUGCCAACUGGAUCUCGGCCAACACCAAGGAAUGUCCAAAGUGUAACUCGACCAUUGAGAAAAACGGAGGCUGCAACCAUAUGACAUGCCGAAAGUGCAAGUACGAAUUCUGCUGGAUGUGCAUGGGCCUCUGGUCAGAGCAUGGAACCAGCUGGUACAAUUGUAACAGAUACGAGGAGAAGAGCGGCUCAGAGGCUCGCGAUGCCCAGGCAAAAUCUAGAACGUCCCUUGAGCGCUAUCUACACUAUUACAACCGCUACGCCAACCACGAACAAUCGGCCAAACUCGACAAGGAUAUCGCCCAGAAAACCGAAAAGAAGAUGGUCCAGCUUCAGAGUGCUUCAGGCAUGUCCUGGAUUGAAGUCCAAUACCUUAACUCGGCAUCUCAGGCUCUUCAAACCUGCCGGCAAACCCUUAAGUGGACAUAUGCCUUUGCCUUCUAUCUUGCCAGAAACAACCUGACAGAGAUUUUCGAGGAUAACCAAAAGGACCUGGAGAUGGCCGUGGAGAACUUGUCUGAAAUGUUUGAGAAGCCCAUUACAGAAUUAUCCGACCCCAAACUCAAAGUUGAUAUUAUGGACAAAACGUCAUACUGCAACAAGCGUCGUGUUAUCCUCCUUGAGGAUACGGCCGAGAAUCUGGCAAAUGGCGAAUGGAACUUCAAUGCGGACCUUUUGGCCGCCACUACCUCUGCGCCUGCUCAUCGUCGCUGA